AUGUCUUCUCUCGCACGCUUCGCUCCCCUGACCGCUCGGGUCGCUGCUGUUCGCACAACCACUCCUGCAUUCACUGCUGUCGGCACCAGAUUCAUCUCCUCGACACCCAAGAACGAGAAGGGUCCUGUGGAGGCAACCAAAGACACAUUGAAGAAGGCGGACAGAGUUAUUUCUGAUAAUAUUGUGAAGGGUAUCGACAAGGGCGAGCACGCGACUGAGAAGCUCAAGCAGACGGUGGGAAGCUCGACUGAGGAAGCCAAGCACAAGACUGAGGAAGCCAAGCACAAGGCGGAGGGAAUGAAGGAGCGGAUGAAGGGCGAGGCCUCGGAAUACGCAGGGGAGAGUAAGGGUAAGGCCGAGGAGACUCUUGGCGCGACCAAGGGUAAAGCUAAGGAGGUAUAUGGUGAGGCCAAGGGCAAGGCAAAGGAGAUGGGCAACAUGUGA